GUGUUGAACUAUUUCUUUGCUAAGAUCAAAGGUGGUUGGGGAUGGCGGCUGAGCUUGGGUGGUGCCAUGGUACCUGCAAUUAUCAUCACAGUGGGAUCACUAGUCCUUCCGGACACAUCCAACUCCAUGAUUGAACGUGGCCAAUCAACUGAGGCCAAAGAUAAACUCAAACAAAUCCGUGGUGUUGACAAUGUUGAUCAGGAGUUUGAUGAUCUUGUUGCUGCUAGCGAAGCAUCAAAGCUGGAGGAACAUCCCUGGACAAAUUCGCUCCAAAGGAAGUUGUCGUGGCUGCUUGCAUUGGUGCUAAAUUUGGAGUUGAUGGAAACCCCGGUGAUUUGCCCAAGUGGUAUGCCAUUGUUGUGGUACUUUUCAUCUGCAUCUAUGUUGCUGCAUUUGCUUGGUCUUGGGGACUCCUAGGAUGGUUGGUGCCUAGCGAAAUCUUCCUAUUGGAAAUCCAUUCAGCAGCUCAGUGUAUCAAUUAUGAUUCAUUUAAAUAAUAAAAAAUGUAACUUUAA